UGGGCACAUAUCAAGAUGACACCUUCUUUAAUUCUUGACUCUGACAUAUCAUAUCAGCUUCCUUCUUCAGCUACUACAUGCCAUUGAAUGAAUGAUAUUGUUUGGUUUUGAGUGAAAUAAAUAUAGCUAUUGUCCAAAAGGAACGGCAUGAGAGACAAAAGAAAACAAAAGAUAAGAUGAUGAAACCCACAGCGAAAUCAAUUGAGAGAGUUGGUCGUUUCUUAAGGAAGAGCCUUGGGAGCAUCAAGUCCACUAUCUGCUUUGGUAAACACCACACCGUACCUAAAAACAACAACUCUCCACUCUUGAGCCCCUUCUCGUGCAGUCUCCACCGUAGCUGUCCACAAGAUUCCCAAACUGAAGAAACGUACAGCGUUUUCUCUUCUGAGAGCACAGCUGUUGCAGAAACCAGAGAUGAGAGUCUCAUCAACAAGGUCCAACAUAAAAAGAAACCGAAGAAGAAGAAAGUUGCAGAGCCAUUGGAGGAGGCUAAGAGAAGAGGUGAGACGCUGGCGCAAAAGAUGAAAGAUUUCAACAUGGUGGAUCUCAGAGACGUGGAGCAUGCUUCGGAUGUACAGGAAGCGCUUAGAUGCUAUUCAAGCAUUAGAAGCCCUGUGUACCUUGACAUUGUUGACAAUUUCUUCACUGACAUGUACUACGAGUUCUCUGAUCCGCUCACCAUUACUUCCAGUAUCAAGGGUUCAAGAAGAAAAGCAGGCUCUUUCAGGCUCUAAGACCCCUCUCGAUCAGCUUUCAGGCUAGGGUGAAGCUAUUUCGUUUAGAAUAUGCACUUCCUAAGACGUCUUGUUAUCCAUUACGCAGCUCAAAAAUUUCACUUACUAGUUACAUGUUUGUAUAAAAAGAAACCUGCACCUUUUAGUUACUUGUUACUACCUCAUCUUAUAGAGCCUUAUGUUAUCAAUGCAACAUAUGUUGUCUUCAAUUUAUGACAAACAACAGUUUCUAA